GCCGGGAAUUGUGACGCGCGGCGGGGAGGUGUUAGUUGAGGCGGAGGCAGCGGCGGCAGAGGAGGGCGGAAGCGGUCUGGCAGAGUGGCGAUGGAGGAGCGCUCGGAGUCGGGCGCUUCGGCGUCGGGCCGCUCAGCGUCGGGCUCGGCGGACAGCGCGCCCAUCAAGGGCAUCCUCAAGAAGAACGGCGGCAAAGCACAAGUGGAUGGAGCGGCCUCUGGGGCGCGACGGGUCAGCUCGGCCCGCGGCGAGGAUGAGCAUGGUAAAAAAUCUCAGAAGUGGGAUGAAAUGAACAUCAUAGCUACGUACCACCCAGCAGGGAAAGAUUAUGGCUUGAUGAAAAUAGAUGAGCCAGCUACUCCUUAUCGCAGCAUGGUAGGAGAAGAUGAUGAGGAUGCAGUGAGUGAUACAGAAGAAAAUGAGCCUGUAAGACCAGAUGUGUUGAGUAAAAAACUGGCAGCUGCAGCUGAGGGUAAAGGACCCAAGAUUAUGGCAAGGCAAGAGGAAAGCAGUGAGGAGGAGGAAGAGGAUGAGGAAUUAACACCUGAAGAACGAGAGAAAAAGAAACAGUUUGAAAUGAAGAGAAAAAUGCACUACAAUGAAGGGCGAAACAUCAAACUGGCAAGACAGCUCAUUGCAAAAGAACUACAAGGUGAAGAGGAUGAUGAGGAUGAGGAUGAAGAGAUGGAUGAUGCUGCAGAUGUAGAAACAAUGGAAACAGAAGUUGCCGAACAUGCACAUGCUACUUGUGACCAGCUGGAAAGUAGAGCACACAGCAUAGAAGAAAUCUGUCCAGAACUGUAACUGCUUGUCAAGGACACAAAUAUAAACACCGCUUCACAAUUUUUGCUAUUAAAUACUGAGAAGCAUAUCAGUUACAAUGUUGUAUUGCCAAGAAUGUUUAUUUUAGACUUGCCUCUUGGGCAGAAAAAAACCUGUCUAAUUGAUUUGUUCUUGUGCCUAGUAUUUCAUGGAGAAAACUGCUUCAUAAUCUGUUCAACCAGAAUGGCAUUCCCUGUAUGUAUAACGCUGAUUAUCUUGCGUAAUGUACUGUUAACUCUUCACGAUUUGAAACAGUAUCUUUUGGGUUUUCACUAUUUAUUUGAUAGUGUUCUAGGUGUGAUGUCUCUUAUGGAAAGGUUUUGGAUUCAAGAGCUAAACGAUACAGCAUAUAUCAGAUUAACAUGCAAGCUAUUUAUCAGAUGUGUUAUGCAGUUUAAAAAGGGAUUAUUUAAGUCUUACAACUUUUUUGUAAAGUGUGGACCUGUUAAUUUAGAUCUCAGUACAUUAUUACCUGUAUUUUCCCCAUCUUUAGAAGAGCUAUCAUUUUUUGAGUGGUGUUCAGAAUCAGUUGUUAUUUUUGACUAAGGCAGUACUAAUAUCUGGUGGAGGCAGUGUUUUUACACUGGAAAUGUGCUAACUUGAACUUUGCAUUUAACUGUCAUUAUCUCUUUCAUCGGGACUGGAUGUUCUGUGAAGCUCUCUUUGGGUUAUCUUGAGAAUGUGGAUGUUCCCUCCAGCUUUUCUCUUAAAACCACAUGUACUGUCACUCUUCUGGCUCUUGUUUCCAACUUUUGGUCCUUUCCAGUUGCAUGAAGAGUGCUUUUGCUACUAGCAUCUGAAGAAAAAACACCCAACUAUAAGCAAAACCACAUCAGGACUGUGAAGAUGAGCUGAGUUUAGGCUCUGGUUGUUCUUUAUAUAAAGACAACUGCUGCUGAUCUCUUCAGGGGUUGGCAACCUGCGUACUGAAAACUGCUGGUCAAAAUGUUCCUAUAUUCAUUGCAAUUGACAGCAACUGGUUUUGUAAAGUGAAGGCUCUUUGGAAAAAUAGAAGGGAAACUCCUUAACUCAGAUACUUGCCUACAGUGUGGUUGCACGGUCCCUAUAAGGAGGGAUUCUGAACCUGCAAAUUGCUGUAAACAACUUUCCACUUGGUGAAAUCUGACUGGUGAAUGUUCCAGUAUUCAGAAUAGUUUCUGGGUUUUAUUACACAAAUGAAGUAUACACUUAAGCUUUAGCUUGGUUAUGAAAUAUAGUGUAUAUCUUAAUUUUGAUCUGAAUUUGAUAUGUUGCAAAAAUCCAUAUAAUUAUAUGGACCUGUUUUAAAAUGUCUUUUUGUCCACUGUACAUGUGAAGUUUGAAUAAAGGAAUGAAAGUUAUUUUACAGUUA